AUGGCUUCAUCUUCUCUACUCUUAACCGAACUCAAUUUUCUUGCUCCACAAAUCACACCUAAAGGUCGUCGUUCUCUCACUACAUUUUCGAACUACAAAUACAAUGUUACUUUUCGCACUCGAAUUCGCGCUGUCAAGGAAGAAAGUGCAUUGAUUGAAGAAAGAGCGAGCGAUGUGAAGUGGAGUAGAAACGGAGCUGCAACAAGUGUUGUAAACGGUAAAAACGGUUCCGUUAGAGGUUACGUUAACGGUAGUGAAAAUGGAAGUUUAGUGAAGUAUGUGAAUGGAAAUGGUGUGGCGGCGGAAGUUGUUGAAGAUUUUGUUGAAACCUCGAAGCGGAAGGAAGUUGGGAGGAAGAAGAGGUUGGAGGAGAUUGGAAAAGAAGAUGCGUGGUUCAAACGAAAUGGUGAAGCACAAGUUGAGGUGGCGGUUGCGCCUGGUGGUCGUUGGAGUAGGUUCAAGACUUACUCAACGAUACAGAGAACACUGGAAAUUUGGGGAUUUGUUAUUACUUUUAUCUUCAAGUCUUGGUUGAAUCGUCAGAAGUUCUCUUAUAAAGGAGGAAUGACUGAGGAAAAGAAAACCUUAAGGCGAAAGACUCUUGCCAAAUGGCUGAAGGAAAGCAUUCUCCGAUUAGGUCCUACAUUUAUCAAAAUUGGCCAGCAAUUCUCCACAAGAGUGGACAUUCUUCCUCAAGAAUAUGUAGACCAGUUGUCAGAACUUCAGGAUCAAGUUCCUCCGUUUCCCUCGGAGACUGCUAUGGCUAUUGUUGAGGAAGAGCUUGGAGCUCCUAUAGCUGGCAUAUUUGAUCAGUUUGACUAUGAGCCAAUAGCUGCUGCAAGUCUUGGUCAGGUUCAUCGUGCGAAAUUAAGGGGACAGGAAGUUGUUAUCAAGGUUCAAAGGCCUGGUCUCAAGGGUCUUUUUGAUAUUGAUCUUAAAAACCUAAGGGUUAUUGCUGAAUAUCUUCAAAAAAUUGAUCCUAAAUCAGAUGGUGCAAAGAGGGAUUGGGUUGCUAUUUAUGAUGAGUGUGCUUCUGUUUUAUAUCAGGAGAUUGAUUACACCAAGGAAGCUGCCAAUGCUGAGCUAUUUGCAAGCAACUUUAAGAACAUGGAUUAUGUGAAAGUCCCUUCAAUUUACUGGGAUUAUACCACCCCGCAGAUUCUGACAAUGGAGUAUGUUCCAGGGAUUAAAAUAAACAAAAUACAAGCUUUAGAUCAGCUGGGUGUUGAUCGCAAAAGGCUAGGGAGAUAUGCUGUUGAAUCUUACUUGGAGCAGAUUCUCUCGCAUGGUUUCUUCCAUGCCGAUCCUCAUCCUGGAAAUAUUGCAGUCGAUGAUGUCAAUGGUGGAAGAUUGAUCUUUUAUGAUUUUGGUAUGAUGGGAAGUAUCAGUCAAAAUAUCAGAGAAGGUUUACUCGAAGCUUUUUAUGGAGUUUAUGAGAAGAGUCCAGAUAAGGUCCUAGAAGCAAUGAUUCAGAUGGGUGUUCUUGUCCCAACUGGAGAUAUGACCGCUGUUAGGCGAACGGCACAGUUCUUCCUCACUAGUUUUGAAGAACGUCUUGCUGCACAGAGGAGAGAGAAAGAGUUGGAAGCAGCUGAAGUUGGAUUCAAGAAGCCAUUAAGCAAAGAAGAAAAAGUAAUGAAGAAGAAAGAACGUCUGGCUGCUAUUGGCGAAGAUUUAUUAUCCAUUGCAGCAGACCAGCCCUUCCGGUUUCCUGCCACAUUCACAUUUGUUGUUAGGGCCUUCUCAGUUUUGGAUGGCAUUGGAAAGGGACUUGACCCCCGUUUUGAUAUUACCGAGAUUGCCAAACCUUAUGCCCUGGAGUUGCUGAGAUUCCGUGAGGCAGGAGUUGAAGUUAUUGUAAAGGACUUGAGAAAGAGAUGGGACAGACAAUCUCAAGCAUUUUACAACUUAUUUAGACAGGCUGACAGAGUUGAAAAGCUGGCCAGCGUUAUCGAGAGAUUGGAGCAAGGUGAUCUAAAGCUUAGAGUCCGAGCUUUGGAAUCUGAGAGAGCAUUCCAACGCGUUGCGGCUGUGCAGAAAACAAUUUUGAAUGCGGUAGCUGCUGGGAGCCUAAUAAAUCUUGCAACAAUUUUAUCUCUCAAUUCAAUUAGGGUGCCUGCCACUAUAGCAUAUUUCUUUUGUGCGAUCUUUGGUUUUCAAAUUCUCUUUGGCAUUGUGAAAAUCAAGAAGUUAGAUGAACGGGAACGGUUGAUUACAGGGACUGCAUAA